GAAGCAGGGACGCGGCGGCGCUGGGAUAGAGCGACCCGACACUCUAGGCGACCAAGCGGCCGGCUUGUCUAUGAUUUCCGCAACUGAAUCAGUUGUGACAUCUAGUGGCCAAAGGUGGUUGGGGAAUUCUGAUGGUAUUUUCCUCCGACUGGAAACUGUCAUCUCAAAGACAGGGCUCCUAGAUAAGCUUAAUUAGAAUUUAGACACUCUUCGGGGAAAAGUUCAAGCGUGUUAAAAAAUCCUUUUAUAGCAUCUCUAUGAUACGAUAGCCCUUUUCCUCACGGUGUCCUAUGUCACAUGGGUGUACUUUAUUCUUCCUUUAGCUGAGAUUAGGGUUUAACUGUUUCCUGUGUUUUUACUUGCUAAAGAAAACUAUGGGUGGUGCCGGCGGGCGCCUGAAGAUCACACUCUCAUGUUGGAGCGGCGCUCAUCAUGCUCCUCGGGAGGCUCGCCUGUGCCGCGAGUACCUGUACCGCAAGGCCCGGGAGGAUGCGCAGCGAUCCAUUCAGAAGAAGGAGCGAGUCAAGCGUGCUCUAGAAGAAAACCAACUGAUUCCCACUGAGCUACGCCGGGAGGCUCUAGCCUUACAGGGAGGGUCCCUGGAGUUCGAUGAUGCUGGCGGUGAAGGUGUGACCAGCCAUGUAGAUGAUGAAUAUCGAUGGGCUGGGGUUGAGGAUCCUAAGAUCAUGAUCACUACCUCUCGGGACCCCAUUUCUCGUCUGAAGAUGUUUGCAAAGGAACUGAAGCUGGUGUUCCCGGGUGCCCAGCGCGUGAACCGAGGUCGGCAUGAGGUUGGGGCACUGGUGCGAGCGUGCAAAGCCAAUGGGGUCACUGACCUUUUGGUUGCCCAUGAGCAUCGAGGCGCACCUGUGGGGCUCAUUGUCAGCCAUCUGCCCUUCGGUCCCACCGCCUACUUCACACUGUGCAAUGUGGUCAUGCGGCACGACAUCCCUGACUUGGGCACCAUGUCAGAGGCUAAGCCUCACCUCAUCACUCACAGCUUUACCUCCCAGUUGGGCAAGCGGGUGUCUGAUAUCCUUCGUUACCUAUUCCCUGUGCCAAAAGACGACAGCCAUCGGGUCAUCACCUUUGCAAAGCAGGACGACUACAUUUCAUUCCGGCACCAUGUCUACAAGAAGACAGACCACCGCAAUGUUGAGCUGACUGAGGUUGGACCUCGAUUUGAGCCAAAGUUGUACAUGAUUCGCCUGGGCACACUGGAGCAGGAGGCCACAGCAGACGUGGCGUGGCGCUGGCACCCCUAUACCAACACUGCCCGCAAGAGGGUCUUCCUGAGCGCCGAGUGAGCUGCCCGCCAGUCAGGUGCAGGAACUGCUCACAGACAUUUACUAAUCCCAAGUGGGGACUGGAAAGAUCUAAAUAAAUCCUCUGUCAUCAUGCUACCCAACUGCCUCUACCUGGUCACAGUGGGCCUACUCUCUGCCAGGUCAAACUUGAAAGAUGAAGCCCAUGGAGUGUCCAUGGGUUGAAGACCUUCUGACUGUGGAGUGUCCUCAGGCCUAGUUCUAUGUGGAGUAUAAACAGACCCUCUCAGGCUGGGGAUGGUGGUACAGACUCCCCACUGGAAAAUGAGUGGUGUCUCUGAGAGUUGGGCUCUGUGAACACUUAUUUAGGUGGUUUAAGGAUGAGUCUUUUUCACCAACAGCAAGCUGACCCCAUUCAAGUGCCGGCCUAACUUAGCAGUUCAAUGGGGUCCCUGUGCCAAGUAGAUGCAUCCUCCCUCUUUUAUAGGGGGCAUGGUGACACCAACAGCCUGCCUCCCACUCCUCUGACUCUUGUGCAUGGGCCUAUCCAAUAGCACACAGGGAGGUGCC